UCGUGACGUAGAUUCAGUCGGGGAUCUUUAAUCCUCUGCCGCAGCAGCACAACCGGUAACCAGAGGAGGGGGUAGCUAGGUCGGACACGAAUGGAACCGCACAGGCUAGGCUAGCCUACACGAAAAGGCCGAAAUAUCCCGGUCUAGUUAGAUAGGGUACAUGAUAAUAUCACCGAGUAAAACUGAGAGUAGGCUAGGACUAGAACGAGCCGACUAUUUGCAUAGGCCGACCCCCUCCUCUCUAUCUCUGCCUUUAGCCUACAGCCUAUUCACAGACGUUUCGCUCAAACAGACUUCAUUUAGAAACGCAGGUUGAUAUAUAGCUUUCAAACGCAUAUAUUUGACUCGUUUAGCCGAAUUCGGUAUCUUGUAGCCGGCUCACGGAUUCUACGCCUCGUUCUGCCGGUUUCCUGCGGCCAGUUGCGCCCCUGUUCGCCCAGGUUCUCCCCGGUUCGCCCUUCAGCGACGUCGCCGCGUCCCCGGUUCCUGUCAGCUGCUGCGCAUCAGCGAAACAUGCAGGAUGAGCCUGCGGGGGUGACAUCCACGCAAUUACCCCCGUCAACCGAGGAAAAGGGCAGCAGCGGCAGCACGGUCAACAAAUCCGGGAAGCAACCGAACCAAACCGACAGCCAGCUCGGUUUAUUCACUCCGGAGUCUAACCAUCGGAACCAGACGACAGCUUUCCCCGAUUUCGAUCGAGAUCAUUUUUUCAUCAAUGACCUUCAGCCCGACCGAAAAAUCCAUAAGCAGUUAAGUCAGCACACUGAGUUUAGCCCCACCGAGUCGCCCCCACCCCAGAGACAUUUUAGUCACCUGCCGCAGAGGCAGCCCUUUAUGCCCGAGCUCUGCGCUGCUGACCCCCGCGGCUCUCCAGUGGAAGAGGCUAAAGCCGAUGCUGCGUCGCCAUCGCCCACUUCUGUAAAUCCUAACAAGAUCCAAAUGGACUCCCCCAUCGCCCACCAUAUAAAUAACGGCAAUGGCAGCAGCAGCACCGGCAACAUGUUGUCCGGUGGUCUCAGCGCCGCUUUCCCGAACCUGCCCGCCCAGGACAUGCAGAGCGCCAGCGUAGGCUCGUCUUCACCUUCCAUGCCUGGGUUCGGCACCCCGUGGUCCGUCCAGACCAGCUCCUCUCCCCCUCCCGCACCCAACUCCAUCAACCCCAUCCACGCGAACGCCAUUAACCACAUGCCCAACACGGACUCUGACAACAGCUUCUACCCAGGUAUCCCCUCCUCCAUCAACCCGGCCUUUUUCCAGAGUUUUUCGCCAGUGUCAGCAAAUCCGUGCGCCGGGAUUAACGUGCAGGGCUUCAGCGGUCCUUUCUCGCCCCAGAUGAACGUCCCUCAGCAGGCGCAGAGUCGCAGGUCCCCGGCCAGUCCCCAGAUGCAUCCCCAGCAGGGCGCCUUCCUGCAGCAGAGGAACAACUACAACCAACACCAGCCCAUGGUGAAACAGUCUCCCUGGGGCAGUCACCAGGGGAACGGCUGGGGCUCCGGGGGGAUGUCCUGGGGCCGGGACCACCGUAGGGGGAGUGGCAUGGGCGUACCUGGCUCAGUCAGUCACGUCUCACCCCUGAAGAAGCCCUUCUCAAGCAACAUCAUCGCUCCUCCCAAGUUCCCACGCUCGGGUGGCUCAAUGGGGCCUAAGUCCUGGUUAGAGGAGAACAUGUUUCGCACAGACGGCAACAGCAACACUUUGUUGCCCCUGCAGGAGCGCACCAGAAUGUUUGACAGUCUGAACAUGCACUCCCUGGAGAGCUCUCUGAUCGACAUCAUGCGAGCCGAGCAGGACCCGAUGAAAGGCCGUGUGGGAUGCCCUAACCCUGGGGCUGACGGCCUACUCAUGCUCAAUGCCCGGAGCUAUGGGAGACGCCGAGCCCGCUCCUCCCUCUUCCCUAUUGAUGACAAUCUCCUCGACGAUGGCCACGGCAACCACGCUGUCCCAGGUGUCCAUGGCUCCCCCAACUGUUACCCCCACCAAAAUGGGGAACGCAUCGAGCGCUUCUCCCGCAAGGUGUUUGUGGGAGGUUUGCCCCCUGACAUAGAUGAAGAUGAAAUAACCUCAAGCUUCCGCCGCUUUGGUCACCUGGUGGUGGACUGGCCACAUAAAGCCGAGAGCAAGUCCUACUUUCCACCUAAAGGAUACGCCUUCCUGCUGUUCCAGGAGGAGAGCUCCGUGCAGGCUCUGAUUGAAGCCUGCAUGGAGGAGGAUGGGAAGCUCUACCUGUGUGUCUCCAGCCCCACCAUCAAGGACAAGCCUGUGCAAAUUCGACCCUGGAACCUGAGCGACAGUGAUUUUGUGAUGGACGGAUCUCAGCCCCUCGAUCCCCGCAAGACCAUCUUUGUGGGAGGUGUCCCUCGCCCCCUGAGAGCAAUUGAGCUGGCCAUGAUUAUGGAUCGUCUCUACGGUGGAGUCUGCUACGCGGGCAUCGACACCGAUCCCGAACUCAAGUACCCCAAGGGGGCGGGGCGGGUGGCCUUCUCCAAUCAACAGAGUUACAUCGCUGCCAUCAGCGCCAGAUUCGUCCAGCUGCAGCAUGGAGACAUUGACAAGCGGGUGGAGGUGAAGCCCUACGUCCUGGAUGAUCAGCUAUGCGAUGAGUGCCAGGGUGCGCGCUGCGGAGGGAAGUUUGCUCCCUUUUUCUGUGCUAACGUCACCUGUCUGCAGUACUACUGCGAGUUCUGCUGGGCCAACAUCCACUCCCGCGCCGGACGGGAGUUCCACAAGCCGCUGGUCAAAGAGGGAGCCGACCGCCCGCGCCAGAUUCACUUCCGCUGGAACUAGAGACGCGACCACAGCCAUGGUGACACAGUCUGAGGAAAGGGAAAUGAAACGCUGGCUAACAGGAAACCGAGCAUCGCUCCGCCUCUCCUGCUCUCCUAAGCUAUCAGUAUAAUCCAGUACGUAACACAGUAUAUACUAUAUAUAUCUCUAUAUCUUUUGUAGCAGCCAAACACCACAAGCCUCAGUUUUUCACCAAAUCCCCCUUCACAUCUCAGGCUCUGACAACUCUACAACUCUUUUGUGGUACUUUCAUCUUUUCUAAGAGGAGAUUUAAAAAAGAGAUUGAUUUUUGUAGGUUUUUUUAUUACUAUUAUUUUUGUAUGUGAGAUUUAAAGUAGAUCCGGGAAUGUUUUUUGCAUGGGGGCAGCUUGUCUGUCUGUUUGUCCGCUGCUAGCCACCCCAACAGUGUGUGUCGUGCACACUUGUAUCUGGGGAAACCUUGAUGCUCUAAUGUUGACACCUGCCCCAGGUCAAUAACCAAAGGUAGCAAAAAGAUAGGAGGCAGAAAAAUGGACACAAAACAAACUGGUUGUUUUUUAACGUUGCCAUGGGCUCCGUCUUCAUGUUAGAGAGUUUAUUUAAAAAAAAACAAAUCAAAAAAAGACGAUAGGGUUAUUUCUGCGCUCAUACUGACCCAUAGAGUGAUACCUCAAACUACAAAAUCUGGUUUCUGCUAACUGUAUUCAAGAUUUUUACUUAACAAGCUAUUUUAGAAGCUUUGCUGCUAUAUAUAUACGUAUAUAAGAAUAGAUGUGUAGGUAUUAUAUUUAAUGCCAUUUAUAAACCAGAAUCAUGUAAAACAAAAUGCAGUAGGCAUUCAACCACUAAUGGCCCCCAUUGCCAUGGAAAGUGCAUGUAAUGACAAUAGGCGUAGCUACACAAAAAGCAUGCAGGAUAAAAAAAA